GACUAAUCGUCGAUGGAUGUGUAAAAAAGGCAAAAGAUUGAUGAUUACCGCUAACUUUUAAGAGCGAAAUCUAGGCAGCGGGGAAAAAAUCCGGCCCGUGGGCCGUAUCGUAAAAAGCUGGACCGGUCACGUGCCUAUGAUUAGCCAAUCAAAUUCGAGGAUUUAGGAUUCCGGCCCGCUCAGAUGCUUGAGAGAAAAAAUAACACUAACUAUUUCCUCAAGUAUGAAAAGACGGACUCCAAGGUUGUCCUCGGUACAUAUUCAAUAAACACCAACUUGAAAUUAGACUGCAAAAAGCUUAGAGUUGGUAUAUACACCAAGAAAACUAUUACAUCACUAUAAAUCAUUUGAAAACAUGUUCAUGUGGUUCUAUUUUUUUUUUUAACUUCAUACUUUUUAGUCACACAACGCUCACAAAACUUGCUUGAAUGUUGGUGUUGCGUGACUCCCCAAACGGACGAGAACAUGUAAUAUGUGGUGUUCACCUUAACAGCUGUUCAUGUUGAGAUUUACUAUUGAACACUACAGUGAAUGAAAUUUCCCGGAUGUGAAAAACCUACGAAAAUGCGGUUUAUGAUCAACGAGCCACUAGUCCCCAGUGAAACUGAAACCCCACGUAGUCCACGUAGACUGGGUUCUAGAUUUGGCUAAAAAGAUGGAGUGGAAAAUCGAAAUUGACGAGCUCGUUCGGUUUGCAAAAUCAAAUGAAAAUCGCUUUCCAAUUUUCAUGAAAUUUUCCCAAGACACUGACGAUCCAUUCGUGAAGGGUAAGCUCGCUAUUCUAACUCUGGAUGCAAACAGUGCUUUUCAACGUCACAUUGCUGAGCUAGGAUUCAGCAGCCGUGAGGAAAUAGACACCAAGAGCAGAGAGCAGACUCGUACCUUUGUUAGCAGACUGGAACACCUCCAUGGAGCUGCAAAUGAAGCGAAAAAAGGCAGAGAUUUUGUUUCAGGGCUUGAUCUUGGCAAGCUGCAGGAAGACCUCGUAGAAGUGUUUUUGUUAUGUGUGGAUCACGAUUGGAAUUACGUGUUAGGCGAAUACCAAAGAAUCGCAAUAUUUGAAACUCUUCUUAAGUCCCGUCUGCGGGAUAAUCCAGGUAUGUCUUGGCUCAAAUGGAAAUUUCAUUUGACAGGUAGUAUGGCUGAAGAAUCUCAGGUCCCAGACAUGAGUUACCGAGAUGGAAUCUGCUCAGUCAACGUAAAUCCUGAAUGUGAUAUCAUGUUGAGCGUGUCACAUGUCACCCUGGGCUUAAAUGAACAGUCUCUGACUGAUACACAUUACCCUGGAUUUGUUUACCUGCGUGUUCCAACAGCCCCAGAUGAUAACGAAAACGUGCUGCAGUUACUGACAAAGAGAGAUUCCAAGUACUACGUCUCUGCUUUGAAGUUUAAAGAUGGAAUCUGUAGAAUGCUAAACGAAUUAAAGGUUAUUUCAGACCAGAAGGAGAACCCGGAAAUAGAAGAUUCUGAACUGGAGAUUGCUCCCCAUGGCCCUGCGAUUCAAAUAGAUGAGACAUGUUUUGGGGAAGGUAUGUAUAACUCGUAUGAUGUGGUUCCAGCAAUCGAGUUUAGCGGUUGGCCAGCAUGCUGCCAAAACUGGGUGUCAAGAAAACGACUUUGGCCUCCUCAAUCUUUAGUUGACGAAAUCAUCCAAGAUGGCUUUCACCUUGUAGCUAAAACAUCUCCACAAGGGGAUGAAGAACUUGAAUGGCGAUUUUCAUUUUCUAAGGCAGAACGAAAACUGAUGAAAUCAAAGGGUCUUGGAAACAGAAAUUAUUGUUUUCGUAUUUUUAAAAUGGCCAUUAAAGAGAACAUUUCGUCAACAUGCAGUCUUCUCACCUCGUACCACUUAAAGACACUUCUCUUCUGGGCAAGUGAAAGGUACCCCCCUGACAGAUGGUCGGAUGAAAAUCUUGCUGUAUGUUUUCUUGGCUUGCUAGACGACCUAUUACAUUCUUUAGCAAACUGCUCAUGUCCACACUACUUCCUCCCAGAUCUAAACUUAUUUUCGGACUGCAGUACAGACCAUUUGUAUCACCUUGCUGGCCAAGUUUCUGCAAUUCGUAGAUCCCCUUUGAAAUAUCUAAGGCGACCAGGAGAAGAUCCAAAAGAAGGCUACCAUAACUUUAUAGGAGCGAUGAAGGAGUGGAAAGAAAUGGAGUACAGCAACAUUAACUAAAACAAAUUAAUUUAGUGUUUCUAUUCAGUGACAUUAAAUUGAAAAAAUAGAAAAUACAUGAUUUCAUUUAAGGUUGGACAUGACGACAGUUAUCAGUGAAUAGACAUGGAGGGAAAAAAACACUGUUGUCAAAAGCAUAAAUUAGAUACAAGUUACUUGGACAUGAACUAAAGGACAACUGAAAAAUCAGAGUCCUAGACAGGAAUCAAACUUACAACCUCCAUAACACCGGUCAGAUGCUCUGCCCAUCAAGCUACUAGAACUUCUAGGGAGGUAGGCCGGUUUAUCUGAAAGGGAAAUGUAUCCCGCUGGUCUGCGGGCUCUACAAGGUCAAGCGCCUCAGUUUUACAAAUACAUCAUCAUGACAGUAUUUGUAUGUAUAUAGUAUGUGUUAAUUUACUUUUUUGUCUCCAUAAGAUAAUUAUUAUUGAGUCUUCACAGCGUUAUUCACAAAAAUGUACUGAAAUGGUUAGGGGAGGGUUUCAGAGUAAUAAUUAUUAUUGCAUACAAGUUUUAACUACAUUUUGAAGUUACCUAACCUGACAAGAUUAAUUUCAUUCACAAUUAAUUGUAGAUUUUGCAAAAUAAUGUUGCUUACUAAUGAUAGCAAGAAAAUAAUUAUUUUUAGAGAUAAUCAAUAGUAACACAAAUGAUUAAAAGGCACAUGAUCCUCAUAACAUGCAGUUUGUUCAAUACCAAUGAUUGCUUAAUUUUAAUAACUCAAUUUUGUCUAAAAUUAUAAAGUACAAUAAUGUAGCCAUGAAAAUAACUGCUUAUUUGUACAUGACAUACACUUGUAUGGCUGGAAUGUAAUUAAUGGAGGUACCAGUAGUUACCCAUGCAAGUAAAAUACAGUGUAUGCAACAAAAACACAGCUCUUUCUCUCAAUGUCUCCUCUAAAACUAAAACUCUGUGUAUCACCAUCAUCUAAUUGUCUAUUGAUGUGUUUGCGGUUUGUGGAAAACAGUAACAAUGAUAUUUUUGUGAUAUAAAUAUACUGUACAAUUAAAGCAGAGCUUACUUC